UCCCCUCGGCGCAGUGUCUCCUCAAUCGAUUUCAAUGUUUCUCGAGCCCCGCCCGAAGCACGCGCCAUCUCGGCCGCCUCUGGCCUUCGGAUUUCCGAGCCCCUCGCGGCCUAGUUCGUGGCGCACCUGUCCUAGGCGUGGCCGUGGGCGGGUGGUCGCCCGUGCUCAUGCUCGUUCCAGGUGUCGCGGGCAAGAGAAGGAGAAGAUGAUGCUGAGCGAGGUGAUCGGCAAGGUGACGAGCGAGUGCUGGGACAAGUGCAUCGCAGGCGCUCCCGGGAGCAAGCUGAGCUCCGGCGAGACCAGCUGCCUGAGCAACUGCGCGCAGAGGUUCCUCGACAUGAGCGAGAUCGUCGGCAAACGUUUCGGCGCGCACUAGAAGGAGGCCACCACAUAAAGUACGUGCGCGGUUGCUUCCUGGCCUUCUGAGUUAUGCUAUAUCUUCCGGUGUGAGCCGAUUUUGGUGCGGCGGUGAAAGAUGCAUGGGUGUAAGUUCAGUGGGGUUUUAACUGAACACCGAACUACGCCUGUCAUUGUCGUCGUCCUUAUAAUUCUCGCACUCUGGAUUGAACUUUUGACCGUGCUUCCAGGAGCAAGCAAGGAGUUUGGCCUGUUU